CAAAAGCAAAGUGUAUAUAAAGUGCCGAAACAAUUUAUACCACAUUGAAUACAUUAGCCAUGGGUGUGCCAAAGUUAAUGUUCGUUUUCCUCGUGCUUUGCUACAUUGAUAAAUCGCUUGAGAGAAACAAUGGGAAACAUACCGGUUUGGAUCACAACAAGCUGUCGGGGCGUUGGUAUUUAUUCAUGGACAAUCGCAGCUCAACAGUUAGAGACAACACGUUUGGUGAUUUCGAGGUGGAGAGCGAUGGGAAACUUCUGAAUACCCUUUAUCGCUACUUUCCAGAUCUCCAAGAAUGUCGGACGACAAGUCUUAUAUUUCAACCUAUCAGAUCGGACUCUUCACCAGAGAUGGCGGUGGAAUUCGAAGUCAUCCGAAGGUCAACUAACGACGUACUUGGGACACAGAAAAUGUUGUAUAUUGACGAUGAUUCCGCAAACGGUUUUGUCAUAAUGCACCAGGAAUCAAACCUAAUGGACACAUAUCUUGUUGUCACUCGAUCCAAGAACCCUUCAGACCAAAGGCCUGCCAUAGACGCUGCUUUAAUAGACCUCAACCUGAAUCCAGAAAUAUUUUAUGAGAAAUCAGCAAACUAUGGUUGCGAAACCAUGACUGAACAAGGAUUUGAUUUUUAAUGGACAAAGCCUAUGUACAGAAUUUCAUGAUAUACAAGGAAAGUAAUAAACUACUCUUACUUAA